AUGUUUAUUAUAAGAAAAACCGUAAUAAACCACGUAGCAAGAUAUGCAUCCUCUGUAAAAGAUGGCUCCCAGUACUUUGUGCUCCUCAUUGUGACGGACGGCGUCAUCUCAGAUAUGGCUCAGACUAAAGAAUCCAUAGUGAACGCCUCCAAGCUCCCCAUGUCAAUAAUUAUAGUAGGUGUUGGCCCUGCAGAAUUUGAUGCAAUGGUUGAACUGGAUGGGGAUGAUGUGAGAGUUUCCUCCAAAGGGAAAUAUGCCGAAAGAGACAUUGUACAGUUUGUGCCAUUCAGGGAUUAUAUUGACCGAAGUGGAAACCACAUCCUGAGCAUGGCUAGACUGGCCAAAGAUGUCUUAGCUGAGAUCCCUGAGCAGUUCCUCUCCUACAUGAGAGCCAGAGGAAUUAAGCCAUCGCCCGCACCUCCGCCCUACACCCCUCCCACACACGUGCUGCAGACGCAGAUAUGACCGCAUCCUGAUGCCGACGUCCCUCACACGCCAGUCAGAACUGCGAAGCCUGUUCUUUGAUCCUGGUGCUCUGCUAUGAACCAGGGAAGGGGACUUUCUCAGCGUGGUUUCAGCAGUACUGGGGAAAAUGUGCUUUCUUGGAUCCAAAAUUAAUUCUCUUCCUAAACCAAAACUGUAAAUAUGGUUGUUGCAUGAGCAACCGGGGAAAUAAUGGUUUAAAUGCUUGAAGCGAAGUAGAGAUGUCUUCUCUAAUUUUUGAAUAUUUUUUUUGUUUUGUUCUCGACGGAAUAGUCCAUUUCCAAUGUAUUAUUGGGAAAAAGCACAAGCUACGUUUUUAACACAAAUGUUGUCCUUGACUGCUACAUAUAUAGGCCGGCAGUCUCGGUGUCGAUGUUUACACGUUACUACUUUUUAAAUUUCAAUACUUUUAUAACUGUUCUUAAGACUAAGUUUUAAAUAUUGAAUCCUUUGUCUUCUAAAUUGCAAUAGCUAUAACCACAGGAGCAACAUCUCUUUGAAUGAAUGUCUGGACACUUGCAGUAUGAGUGAGGGAAGAGAAGGAGGUAGAUCACUAAGGCAAUCUCCUUCACGAUUAAUACCCGUCAUCAGUUUUGGCCAAUAGCGGGAGUUUCUAUUUAUAAACAGAUGAGGCCCUGUAAUAUGCAUCUUUUCAUGGCCUUUGGGUUUAAAUUUAGACUGCGGUCAAUUUGUCUUUCGCAAUGCAAACUAGAAGCAACAAACAGGCAAACAUCGUGAACUGUUAAUGCACAGAAUACACGUUGUAUCAAAACCACCAUCCUUACGAUGCUAUCAUUUAAUGAGUAAAACCAAGACUGUAACUCCAAACCAUGUAGCAGGUAUUUUGAACCUUGUAUUACGUUGUAUCCUGUCUAGA